UUAUUUUCCUAUAUUUUCCCCUUCAAACGACCUUAUUUUCAUAUGGAAUUUAUUGUAAUUAUGUAAUAUUUUCUUCUUCCUUUUCCUUAUUCCUAUUGUUGUUACUUUCGAUUUAGAUUUUUCAGACAUUUUAAACUAAAAAAUCAUUAAUUUUGGUAUUAUUAUAUUGUUUUUGGACAUUCUAGUUAGUAUAAACACUUAUUUUUACGAAAAAGGUUUACCUAUAAAAGAUCGAAAAUAGAUAAUAAAAUAAUUUUUUAAAAAAACCUUUUCUCCGAUAUAGUCAGUGUUUCUCCUUUAAUUUUAUAUUUUACUAUUUAUUAAUUUUUAAUCCCCCUAUUUUUUUUAAACUCAUCAGAGUAAGUAUAAUUACCCAUUAAAUUGAAGAAAGAUUCAAUUUAAAGCCUAAAACAAUUAAUAUAAUUGAAUUAAUUAAACUUUUUCUUACAGUAAUAAUCGUAGCCCAUUUAUUUGGUUCAAUUUGGAUUUUUGUAGGUUAAUUUGAAGAAUAAACUCUAGGAGUAUCUUCUUGGUUGACUAAAUAGGAGAUCAUAAGUUCAUAAUGGUAUAUUAAAUAUAUAAAAGCUUAUUAUUUUGCUACUGUAACUAUGAUAACAGUUGGUUAUGGAGAUAUAGGACCAGUAAAUGAAAUAGAAAUGAUGCUUUGUGUAUUUACUAUGCUUAUUACUUGUGGUGUAUUUGCUUAUAGUGUUAAUUGUAUAGGAAUGAUUUUGACUGAUUUUAAUAGUAGAGAGAAGGAAAUAAAGGAUAAUUUAUUUGUGAUAAAUAAUUAUAUGUAAACUAAAAAUGUAAAGCCUAGUUUAUAAUAUUAAAUUAAAUAAUAUUUAGAGUAUUAUUGGAAAGAAAUGUAACAUUAAAAUACAGAAAAAGAGGAAAAAAUAAUCGAUUAACUUUCAGAUUCUUUGAAAGAAAAAUUACUCAUAGAAGCUAAUAAAAUAGUACUUUCAGACUGUCAAAUUUUCUCAAAUAACUUCACUGAUUAAAUAGUUAAUAGUACUGUUAAAAUAAUCAAAGAAUUAAGAGUUAAUCCUGGUGAAGUCCUUUGUUUAGAAGGUACUUAAGAUAAUUGUGCUAUUUAUUUUAUUUAAAAAGGAGAAGUAGAAAUAUACAUAGAUUCACUUUAUAAUUCCAGUCUAUCUAAAAAUGUACACCUUAAAAAACUUAAAAAAGGCGAUAAUUUUGGAUGCGUAUCUUUUUUUACUGGAAAUUUAAGAAGUCAUUCAAUUAAAGCAGUAGAUUUUUGUACACUUUUAAUGAUAAAAAGAUAAGAUUUUAUUGAUUUAUUAUUAAAAGAAUCAAGAGAAGACUAUGAGAUGUUUUGUGCUAUUAAAGAUAAUAUUUUAAUUAAUAAAAAUUAUGAGCAAUUAUUUACAGAAUGUUUUUCUUGUUAAUAAAAAUUUUUAUAAGGACCAUUUAAUAGGUGA